AUGAAUUCAUUGUACAGACUUAAGACUUUCAAUGACAAUGAUAUCGAAAAAAUUUUCAAUGAUAUUAAAUUUAAAUUGAUUGAAACAGAUAUAUUAUCACCUUCUCAGAUUUUACCAAUUAUUAAAACUGCUUCAAAAUUCAACAACUACUAUUUCAGGUCCUAUUGGACAAUAUUUAAGAAGGUUAUUGAAGAAUAUCAGCUGAAGCAAGCCAAACAUAUUGGAUAUAUUUUCGAUUACUUUUUUUAUAAAGAGUAUGGAUUUUUAUUAGAGGAAAAGCACCAAAAAUACAUUUUAUCUUACAACGCAAACAAUUAUAGUUUGGAUGUUCAUAAUGAAAACACGAUUUUCAGAUCAAUUAUGGAUGAUGACAUAAAGUCAUUCAUAACUCUUAUUAGACAAAAUGAUGACUCUGUAGGUAUUUCAUGUAAAUCAAAAUUCUAUAAAUCAGGUGAACAAUAUUCAUUGCUUGAAUUAUGCUGUUAUUAUGGCUCAGUUAAUUGCUUCAAGUUUUUGAGAACAGAGUUCGAAUUUGAAAUCACACCACUUUGUUGUGGAUUUUCUUUUUUAGGUGGAAAUCCAGAUAUUAUCGCUGAGUGUUCGAAGAAACGCGAAUGGGACUUAGAAUUAUCCAUGGAAUAUGCAAUAAUUUCACAUAACCUUGAUUUUUAUACAUUUUUGAAGAAUGAGUACCAGAUGGAUAUUAAUCUGGAAUAUUGCAGCAAAUAUAAUAAUCUUCAAGCAUUCUUAAUUUAUUUGGAUCAAACUCGUGAUUAUGAUCAAUGCUUUAUCCAUUCAUACUGUUUUAAUAAUCUGAAUCUGUGUGAAUAUUUACUUAAGCAUGGAGCAAAUAUCGAUGCAAAAUAUCAAUAUAACGAAACAGCACUACAUAUUGUAACGAGAAAUAAUAAUAAAGAAUUCGUAAAAUAUCUAAUAUCUCAUGGUGCAAAUCCCAAUAUUCAAGAUAACAAUCUUUCUACACCUCUUCAUUAUGCCAUAGAAAAUAAUGACCUAGAUAUAUUAGAGUUGUUUAUUUUGCAUGGUGCAAAUGUCAACAUCCCCGACAAAUUUGGAAAUACACCAUUUCAUAAGUCAGUAGAAUAUAACAAAAAUAAAAUUGCAAAACUGUUUGUUUCACAUGGUGCCAAAUUAAAAACAAGAAACAAUAGAGGAGAAUCAGUUCUUCAUAUUUCAACGAGAUGCAAAAAUAAAGAACUAGUAGAACUCCUAGUAGUAUAA